AUAUUCUCGCUGUGCAACAACCGCAGCUAACACUUGACGCCCGCAGUCGCCGUCCCCCGCCGAUCGACCAGAGGCCCUCUCGACGCCGAAAUAGACGAGUACGACGCCUCUUCCAUUCAGCCGUCCGUAGCGCAGCAGCAUGUCCACUGACGACAGCGCGCAGUCCGCUGGCCGCGAGCCUGCACGCCAGCAUCCCGCAACGCGUCCUGCCACCCACGGCGUCGGAGGCGUCCCCGCUGUCGCCGCACGAUGGCGUUAAGAGCCCCGUUGCGGACACCAUGCCGUCGAAGGACUUCUCCUUCCUCCAGGACCCGCAGGCAUACCACGCCCUGCCCGCGACCAACGUCCCGCCGCCCUUCCUGAACGCGCCGAAUAUCCCGCCCGUGUCGUCGCCGCUGGACUCGCUGCUGCUGUCCGGCCACUACCGGCUCGCCGCCAUCGCCGCGGCGCGGAACCUCGUCGCCGCCGCAGCGCCCACAGACUACGACACGCUUUUCCAUCUCCUGCACGUGCGCCUCGCGUGUCUGUGUCUGAUCUCCGAGCACGCCCUCGCGGCGCAGGAGUCCAAGGUAUUGGGUGACUUAAACAGCGCCUUCUACCGCCACCCCUUGACCGACGCGCACCUCGUCCCCUGGGACCUGCGCCUGCUCGUAGUGCGCCUCGCAGCCCUCGGCUACGGAGAAUGGAGGAAGGGCAUAAUGGGCUACUACGAGCUCGCGCGCGAAUGCCGGGAGAACAUCCUCAGGGCCGACGUAGAGGACGAGAGGAAGCUGUGGCGGACGCGGCUGCGCGACUGCGGUAUACGCGUUGCCAACGCGCUGGUGGAAAUGGGUGAUCUGGAGGCAGCAGGGCGGCAUCUGGGCACCUUGUCCGGGGCGCCAGAAGACCGGGACGUUUUGACCAUGGAGACCUUGGUCUGGCUGCGGGUAGGCGAUAUCCGGGCCGCGCGGCACUGUCUCUCUGCUGCGUCGCAGGUAAAGCCCGAUGAGCUGGUCGACAGCUCCCUUGAAGCUCUGAUGCAAAUGGCGAACAACGAAUAUACAGACGCCGCUUCUGCUUUCCAAGCACUGCACGACAAGUUCCCCGAGGAUGCUAUGGUGACGCAGAAUCUAGCAGUUAGUCUGCUCUACACGGGCCACAUUUCAGAAGCCAGGGAACUGCUCACAAAGCUGGUGGAUGAAAGCCCGCCAUUCCACUCCCUGGUCUUCAACUUGAGCACCAUCUUCGAGCUAUGCACCGAGAGGAAUAGGGACAAGAAAGCAGCGCUCGCCGAGAAGCUCGCGACAAGGAAGGUGGACGGGAGUGUAGGAUGGGAGUUAGGAAGCGCCGACUUUAAGCUAUGAGUGUCUACUAGGUAUUCUAGGUAGUCUAAUUGAUAGACGUCAACGCACAGCGUGGUGGUUGGUGGGCUCCGCAUUAUUCCUCACGUGCUCUACCGAGCAACAGGAAUUGUCAGGCACGCUGGACCGUCAAAUAUCAGGGCACCACUACAUUAGCCAGCUACCCUUAAAUAUGCUA